AUGGGGCUGACCUGGAAGCAGCGGGUCUUCACGGCUCUGCUGGGUGCUGCAGCGGUCUCAGGCCUCACCGCGCUCCUUCUCAUCCUGGUGGGGACCAUCAACGUCCUCCUGCCCCCAGACACCAAGUUCGGGAUCGUGUUCGACGCCGGGUCGUCCCACACAUCCCUCUUUGUGUAUCAGUGGCCGGCCAACAAGGAGAACGACACGGGCGUGGUCAGCCAGGCCCUGGCCUGCCAGGCGGAAGGGCCUGGAAUCUCUUCCUACGCCUCCGACCCUGCGCGGGUCGGCGAGAGCCUGCAGGGCUGCCUGGAGGAGGCGCUAGCACUGAUCCCAAAGGCCAAGCAUCAUGAGACACCCAUGUUCCUGGGGGCCACUGCCGGCAUGCGGCUGCUCAGCCGCAAGAAUCGCUCGCAGGCAGAGGACGUCUUCGCCGCGGUCAGCCGGGCCCUGAGCCAGUCCCCGGCGGACUUCCGGGGCGCGGAGCUCCUGACGGGGCAGGACGAAGGCGCCUUUGGUUGGAUCACCGUCAACUAUGUCCUGGGCCUGCUGGUGAAGUACUCCUUCUCUGGAGAAUGGAUCCAGCCCCUGGAGGAGACGCUGGUGGGCGCCCUGGACAUGGGUGGGGCCUCCACCCAGAUUACCUUUGUACCCGGAGGUCCCAUCCUGGACAAGACCACCCAGGCCACCUUCCGCCUCUACGGCACCGACCACACUGUCUACACCCACAGCUACCUCUGCUUCGGGCGCGACCAGGCGCUGAGCAGGCUCCUGGUCGAGCUGCUGCAGGCCAGCCCGGGCCUCCUGCUCCGCCACCCCUGCUACCACAGCGGCUAUCGGGACUCAGUGGCCCUGGCGGCCCUGUACGAGUCGCCCUGCACCCCGGCAGCAGCGCCCCCGGGCCUCAGCCAGAACCUCACCGUGGAGGGCACGGGGAGCCCCGGGGCCUGCGUCGAGGCCCUGCGGAAGCUCUUCAACUUCUCCAGCUGUGACGGCCGAGCAGACUGUGCCUUCGCCGGGGUCUACCAGCCCCCCGUGCAGGGCCAGUUCUACGCUUUCUCCAACUUCUACUAUACCUUCCACUACCUGAACCUCACCUCCAGGCCAACACUGAGUGAGGCCAACGCCACCAUCUGGGAGUUCUGCCUGCAGCCCUGGAAGCUGGUGGAGGCGAGCGCGCCCCCGGGCCAGGACCGCUGGUUGCGGGACUACUGUGCCUCGGGCCUGUACAUCCUCACACUCCUGGUCGAGGGCUACGGGUUCAGCGAGGAGACCUGGGGCGGCCUCGAGUUCCGCCAGCAGGCUGGCGGCACCGACAUCGGCUGGACACUGGGCUACAUGCUGAACCUGACCAACCUGAUCCCAGCCGAGGCGCCCGCACAGGGGUGGGCGCAGAGCUUUAGCAUCUGGACAGCCGGCGUCGUCUUCGUGGUGCUGACACUAGUGGCCACGCUGGGGGCCGUGGCGGUGCACGUCUUCUGGCUCCAGGACUAG